AUGAGCUCCUGUGGCUUAGCUCUGGCACCUCCAGCCAAGAACGUGGUGGUGUAUCGCAAUGGUGAUCCCUUCUUCCCCGGGAGGAAGUUUGUGGUGAACCAGCGUCGGUUUCUGACCUUUGAGGCAUUUCUGAAUGAGGUGACCAGGAGCAUUCAUGCACCCUUGGCUGUGAGGAACCUCUACACACCCAGGCACGGCCACCGCGUCGCUGGGCUGGGGGACCUGCAGGAUGGGUGCCAGUACGUGGCUGCGGGCUUUGAAAAGUUCAAAAAGCUCAACUAUUUAAAUCACAGAAGGAAGAAGCUCCACGGGACGAGGAACGGCGAGGGUCUGCAGUUCCACACUGUAGCUCCCUGGAAGUCGAACGUCUUGGCGCGAUGGCAGAAGCACGCCCGCCUGCCCUGCACGAUACAUGUUUUCCGGAAUGGGGAUUUGCUGAGCCCUCCUUUCCCACUGCUGCUCUCCAAGAGCACCCCACUGCAGUGGGACAUCCUCCUGGCCACGCUGACGGAGAAAGCCGACCUGCGCAGCGGAGCUGUUAGCAAGCUCUGCAGGCUGGACGGAACCCAGGUGUCCAGUGGGGAGGAGUUGGUGAAUGGCCAUUACUAUGUGGCAGUGGGAAAUGAGGAGUACAAAAAACUGCCUUACUUUGAGCUGCUGGUGCCCCAGGAUUCUGCGUGCAGGACGCUGUGGAACCACCCAAAUAGCAGGCGCAAAAAGUAUCGCAGAAGGUUUGGUGAACUGAGUUUGGUCCAUGUGGGUGACUCUGCUCUUGCUGAACCACCUCAACAGCUGGACAGUCGCAGGGUGCAGACCACAGGAGCUGCAGAGAAAGACAAGAUCCCAGCUGCUUUUCCACAACUGCAAAAGCAAGCCAUGAAAUCUCACCUCAGAGAGUCCAUUUUCCAUGGUAAACCUGUCCGUGCAGGACAAAACAGAAGGAACAGCAGGAAUGUGCAGCACUGGCCUGAUCAAGAAGAAAGUGUCUAUAAACCCAGAGAUCCUAGGAAGGAGAUGCGAGGUGCCCAGGAAGUAAAAGAGGACAAACACACAAGGGUGGACGUGCCCAUUGAUCAGGUAUGGACUACAGACAAAUCACAAAAGCCUGGGGCAUGGAAAAGGGAUGCCAGUGACUCUGAGGAUGAAAAGCACCGAACAGUGUUGCCCUUGGCAGCAAAGACCUCUGAGGAGUUCUCAAAGGGGCUGUGAUGGGAGAAGAGGGACAGUUACACCACAGACUGGCCAAGCUUUUGAUGAAUUAAUAAACUCUUCUAAAAUCAAGCAUCCUCUUCAUCUAGGCUUGAGAAGUGGAACACCAGUGAGCAAUGAAUCAAAUGCACAAUGCUGUUAAAUUAAAAUCUUCCCCCCGCUUUCCUCAUCUCUGUGGUGUGAUGAUGUGGCAGAGGAGAUGGCUGCUUUUCUGAACUUUAAUUAAACUGGUUUGUAUGUGAACUUGAGAAGGAAGAAUUACCAAAUAGAAUACAUGCCUUUAUAACACAAUGUUUGCCAGGAAGUUGUUCUAUGUCAGAUACUUCUUAUCAGGAGAUUUCAUCACAUCAUUGUCCCUCUGAUCUGGAACACUUGGAUAAUGUUUGCAGCGAUCAAACCUGUUACCAAAACUACAUACAUUUUAUUUCUGCUAACUUGUUUUAGGAGCAUCUGCCUCAUUUAGGAAAAGUCAUAGUAAUAAACAGCUCUUGUAUUAACCCUCUUGGUGCAAGGCUUUCUCUCUUUCCUUCCCUAGCAUUCCUGAUUAGUUAAGGGUUACAAGGAUUUGUCCUUCUGUGAUCUAUCUGGUAUUUUGGACUGGUAAUUUCACUGAAAAGAAAAACACCCUUCCUUCCCUAGGGACAAACUGCCCUGCUGUUAUUUUACAGAUGAGAGGCACUCUGCAAGACUCCAGUGGAGAAAAGCCAUACGAUAACCGCAGCGUA